UUCUUUUUAGCCCACUCGCAUUUGAUUAUAUGCGUCGUCGCCUAAGAAAUCUAGGGUUUUCCAAAUCUUCAACGAGUGUUUUUAAACGCCGUUCGCCUCGUCUUCUAGCUAUUCACGACUGAGCAUUCGAAAAAAUCAUGGGGUUUGCUGCGAUUUGGAACUCUCAUCCCAAGAAGUACGGGCCUGGUUCCCGCACCUGCCGUGUGUGCGGAAACUCGCAUGGGCUAAUCAGGAAGUAUGGUCUUAACUGUUGUAGACAGUGCUUCCGCAGCAACGCCAAGGAAAUCGGAUUCAUCAAGUACCGUUAAAGAUCUGGGGUUGUUGAUGCCGUUGCAGUCAUUUUGUUUUUCUUUUAAGCUUUUGAGACUUUAAUAUUGUAAUGCAUCUUAUAAAUGUUCUAUGGUUUAUGCAAUACAUUUGAAUUGUUGAACA